CCUGACAUUUUUACUCUAAUCAAAUCUCUCAUUCGAUGUAAUAUAAAGCUGAUUACGAUUAUAUGGCUCAUAGAUGCCGUAAUAUUUCGAAGGUAUAACAACUUACAUGAAAAUAUGAUAUUACCAAUCGCUAUAGUUGUUAUUACUCAAUCGUUUGGCACACAGGGAACCCUGCAUCUAGUUCUUGAGGAUGCCAUGUGUACGGCUUACGAUGAGGAAUAUUUCUUAGAACCUGAAACUUAUGUAAAUGAUGAGAAUGCAUGGGUCGUAAACAUGACGCUAAUUAAACCACUUUCGAUAGAAACUCAAGGAUAUUUCUCAUUAACAGGAGCAUCAAUGGGUGAAUAUGUGGUGAAUACUGGAAUUGAUGUACAGAUGAGCUUGUGUGAUUUCAUUGAGGAACCUAUUAUAAUGGGUCGUGUUCUUCAAGCAUUUGGAAUGUCUGUAGACCAUUGUCCACCUGACAUUGGUCUUUAUGGAACUGAAGGUUAUAUAAUUCCAACAGACACAUUACCAGAUGAAUUCCCACCUAAUAAACACAUGGUGGAAUUUGGUCUAUUGUACGAGGAGAAGCCAUUAUUAAUAUACCAAGUAUUCGUCAUCUCCCAAUAAAAGUUUCUGGCAUCCCUGGAAAAAUAAUUUAUAGCUAAUUAUGUAAAUGGUUAUAGAAAAUAAGAUAUGAAUUUUGGUUUCGUCUAAUUUUAUAUAGUUACAUAUCAUUUUAUAUAAUUAUAUUUACUUUUAUAGAGUUAUAUUUACAAUAACUGUCAUAAAAAAAUUUUUCAU